UAUUUAUGUAUGCAUCUCUCCAAUCCACACACAUACAUCUCUCUCGUAACACACAUAAACAUUUUUAUAUAUUUGUAAUCCUCAUCAUCUCCAUCCUCAAGUUCAAUUAUUAAUAAUUCAUCUUCUUUAAAACUGAUCAAUUCCAGGUCUUCCCUCUUUACUUUGCCAAUGGAAAUAGCUGAGGAGGCCAUAUCAACCGGUAAGGAGCAAUCCUUGAUCCUUAAAGGGAAACGCACUAAGAGGCAGCGUCCUCUGUCCCCGAUCCCUUUCUCUAUCGUCCCUCCUGUGUCUUCUCAAGAACCGGAGGUCGAAGAAGACUCCACCAGUCUUGUUUCCAAGGAGAAGAGUCUCAUCAAUGAUGAGAUCAACACCAACAAGAAUGAUAACAACAUAUUGAUCAAUGGUGUGACAUCUCCUGCCUCUUCAUCUUCUAACAACAAUGCGACAUUAAAGACCGCCGCUGACGAGGAAGAUCAAGAUAUGGCUAAUUGUUUGAUCCUCCUUGCCCAAGGCCACUAUAUUCCUCAACAACAACAACCACAAACAAGACAGUUUAUGAUGAGUUGCCAAGAAUCUGGUAAUAACAGCAACAAUGCGUAUAGAUCUAGCAGCAGAAGGUUUCUCGAGACAUCUUCACCUAAUGGAACCACGAGUGGAGGCAGAGCCGGUUACUACGUUUACCAAUGCAAAACGUGUGACCGGACUUUUCCUUCUUUCCAAGCUCUCGGUGGCCAUAGAGCCAGCCACAAGAAGCCUAAAGCCGCAGCGGGUCUUCACUCCGAUCAUGACCUCAAGAAGUCUAUCUACAACGACACCGUUUCUCUUCAUCUCAACAACGUUCCCACCGCAACUCCUAAAAACAAUAGUAGCCACAGGUCGCUUGUGGUAUACGGUAAAACUGGUAACAAUAAAGUCCAUGAAUGUGGGAUAUGUGGAGCUGAGUUCACAUCCGGACAAGCCUUAGGUGGUCACAUGAGACGUCAUAGAGGUGCAGUGGUGGCAUCAGCACCAUCCGCUUCUGCCGCAAUGGUAAGGGUUGCGGCCACUGCGGCUACAGCAAACACGGCUUUGUCGUUGUCACCUAUGUCGUUUGACCAAAUGUCGGUUCAUCCGGUUCAUGCUCCGGUUAAGAGAGCGAGGAGCGCGGUUGUGUCGUUAGAUUUGGAUCUGAAUCUACCUGCCCCUGAAGAUCUGAAUCGAGUCAAUGGUUUAAGCUUUGCUUCAAAGCAAGAACAUGAACAUGAACAUGAACAUGAACAUGAACAAACACAACACAGAGAAGAACAGAAGUCUCUUGUUUUGUCUUCUGCUCCUACAUUGGUGGAUUGCCAUUACUGAAUCAAAUAUUCAAUACCAAAAUUCGUUUAUUAAUUUUAAAAAUUUUACGCAAAAAUUGAUGAACAACUUUUAAAGAAAGUUACUGAUUCCUUGCUUGUUCAAGAAUAGCAAGAUUCCUUU